CAGCUGACACGUACUGUGCGUCGUGACGUCAACGCCCCGCCGCGUGCUGUUUCGAGAGUGUGAUGACGUAGUAGAAAGAAAAAAACGCCCAUCACCGGGAGGAAGAGAGCGAGCGUCCUGCACGAGGACAGUUGAAUCGCCAUGACGACAGAGCCAGGUGAGCCACAGGAGGCCCAGCCCAAAGAGGCAGAGUUCUUUCCUGAAGCCGCCUCCCACUCCACACCGAAACAAGGGGCAGAGGGCGGGGCGACCCAGAUCCAGACGGACGACUUGAGCAUUCCCCUGUCGCCAAGCGGUCGCGUUGCUCGUUCUCCAGGUAGAAACACGCUGAGCUUCAGGACGAUGCAGGCGAAGGUCACUCUGCUGGACGGCUCGCUGUUCACCUGCACUGUGGAGAAACGAUCUCGUGGUUAUCAUCUGUUUGAGAAGAUUUGUGAACACGUCAACUUGCUGGAGAGAGACUACUUCUGUCUGUCCUUCAGAGACGCAGACAACAACAAGAACUGGUUGGAUCCAGCGAAAGAGAUGAAGAAGCAGGUCAGAGGUGUUCCCUGGAACUUCUCCUUUAAUGUGAAAUUUUACCCUCCUGACCCCGCCCAGCUGUCUGAGGACAUCACCAGGUACUUCCUGUGUCUCCAGCUCAGACAGGACAUCGUCUCUGGUCGUCUUCCUUGUUCGUUUGCGACUCACACUGUUCUUGGUUCCUACACCGUCCAAUCAGAGCUCGGAGAUUACGACCCCGAUGACUGUGGAUCUAACUACGUCAGUGAACUUUGUUUUGCUCCAAAUCAAACUAAAGAAAUGGAAGAAAAGAUCAUUGAGCUGCACAAAACUCUCAGAGGGAUGACACCAGCUGAAGCUGAAAUGAACUUCGUGGAAAACGUCAAGAAACUUUCAAUGUACGGAGUUGACCUUCAUCACGCGAGGGACUCGGAGGGCGUGGCCAUCAUGCUGGGCGUGUGCAGUAGCGGCCUGCUCGUCUACAGAGACCGACUGAGGAUCAACAGAUUCUCGUGGCCGAAGAUUCUGAAGAUUUCUUACAAAAGAAACAACUUUUACAUUAAGAUCCGACCUGGAGAGUUUGACCAGUUUGAGUCCACGAUUGGUUUUAAGCUUUUUAACCACAGAGCAGCAAAGAGACUGUGGAAAGUCUGUGUGGAGCAUCACUCCUUCUUCAGGUUGGUGUCUCCAGAGGAACCUCCUAAGAAAUUUCUGUCUCUGGGUUCAAAGUUUCGUUACAGUGGUCGGACUCAGAUUCAGAGUCGCAGAGCCAGCGCUCAGAUCUCCAGACCUGCACCGAAUUUCCCACGAUGUGUCAGCAAGAGGAACUUGUUGAGCCGCAGCCUGGACGGAGGCUCGAGGACCACGCCCACACCCUCUCUGAUUGGCUCUCCAGCCAUCACAGCUUUCCCCAAAGCCAACGGUGGUACACACACAGAUAUGGGUACAGGAUUGUAUGCAGCAUCUAAAUCCAUAGCUGUCAGUGACCUCAUCACCAUGGUAACACCUGAGAGGAGGACAGAGGAGAGGGAGGUGGAGCAAGAAGACGAGGUGCUCGUGGUGGAGGAGGUGGUGCAAGACAUGAUGGAGGAAGAGGAGGAGACAAGAGCGACGGACAUUUCUCCUCCUACUCCUCACAAACAGGAAACCAAGACGGAGUUGACUGACACUAUGGACGGAGACCUGACGGCCACUGAGUCUGAUCAGGAUGAAGAUUUGAAAACUCAGGAGACAUUGAGUCCUGAAGAUGUCCAGAAACCUCAGAGCACCAUCAGCGCGCUCAGGCGCUCCUUCUUAGAGGGAGGGGGAGCCGGGGGGGUGACUGAGUGGGAGAGACGUCUCGCUGCGUCGCCGCUCCGAAGAAUCGACGACGCUCCGAUGAUCGAACCCCUGGAGCCAGACGAGCCCCUCCCACUGGACAGCAGCUCCUCAGAGGAGGGCGGGGUCAUAACAAACCAACAAUCCCCUCAGCCAAUCAAAGAGAAGAGUUACACUGUGGGGCGGAGCUACGACACCACCUCGGGCAGGACUGUCACCAUGACAUCUAAGGAUAAUAGCUCUGAUGUUGCCAUGACACCGAGCAUUGAGAUGGACAGGCACGUCCGAGUCAUUCCACUUUCCACUGCUGAUGAUGUCAUCACAGGGGGGUCGCUGACGACCAUUUGUGAGGUGAAGACGCCGAUCUCACCGUCGGAGUCCCUGUCCACCGUCUGUGCCGUCAUUAGUGAGACUGGAGGAAGUGGGGUCAGAGCGCUGGACCCCCGAGGGGCUGUAGGCUUGGAGAUGACCCCCCUCCUCCAUCCCAAAUCACCUGUGGGCGAGCUGAACCUAAGUCCUGCCGCCAGCAGGAAGUCUCCCUCCACGGCCAGAGUGCCUAUACCUACAUUUGAUGAAAUGUCUCCUGAACUAAAUGCUCUGCUGAAGGCGGCCAGAGAUCAAGAAACCUUUAGAGAACACAACCUGCUGAAGACGUCGGAGAAAGUGGAGACACUCCUCUUGAUGACACAAUCACAUGACCAGGACCAGCCAUUGGUGGACCAGGAGAUCCCAGUAAUGAGGAAGACUCUCACGUAUGAAGCUCCAGGGAGCCGAGUGGAGUCUGAUCUUCCUGCAGGACGAAUUCUGAGCUCGCAGACGUUCACCGCAGAGACGUCUCACACCAGCACCACCACACACAUCACCAAGACAGUAAAAGGAGGAAUUUCAGAAACAAGAAUCGAGAAAAGAAUCGUUAUUUCUGGAGACACAGAAAUCGACCCCGACGAGGCCCUGGCUGCAGCGCUAAGUGAAGCACGGCGGCAGCAUCCUGAGCUGUCCGUCACACGAGUCGUCGUCCAUAAAGAAACUGAAGUGUCUCCUGAUCAUGUGAUUGAUUAAUGACAUCACAGGACUGAUUCCUGAGGCCUCUGCUGCAUUGUGGGAGAUGUAGUCCAGACAACAGAAAAACUGUUUGCAGCAGCAACACGCACGCACGCGCACACACACACACACACACACAGACACACACACACACAACCACACAGCCUGACUGGUGGCUGAGUUAGCUUCAGUUAGCAUAAUCAUUAGCUAGUAUGAUUAGAUUUAGUUGAUAUUUUCACAGUUAAGAUAAAACAGAACCUGUGAGAGACACAAGGGGGCGCUGCUGUGGUGCCAUCAGCACAUUCCCAUGGCAACCAGACAACCUGCCCCAUUUUACUUCUUAUUAGCCCCGCCCACACACACCUCUGAUAGGUUAAAGCAGACACCUGAUGGGAAUGUUGAUGAAUGUUUGCUCCUGAUUGGACGAUGGAAGAUCAGCUGGCUGUUACAUGUCUCACCUGCAAGGAACUGGAAACAUGUAUUCUGUCUGAUGCCAACUGUUUCCUGUCUGAAAUGUAACAUAGCAUGAAAGCUAGCUUUAUACCCGCUGACAGUUUUACAGCUAAAUUCAGGACUGUACUUACCCAAAAUGCAACAUUAAUAUGCCAUUAUGACAUCCCUGUUAUGAUUUAUUUCUGUCAUGUUAUGUUUAUUUAUUAAGUUAUUUAUUGGUAUUACACACUCACCACUCCCCCUGGUGUCAGGUUACAAAUGAACCCCCCCCCACACAUCAUGUUUUAAUUUAUGAUAAAAACUGUCA